UCGCCAAGGCACGAAUCGUAAUCAAGUUUCAUGUGUAGCUCGGUUCGUGGCCGACCAUGUGCUAGAAUUUCUACCAUUUUUCCGAUGGAUGCGUGAAAUGGUAAACAGCUGCCCACUAGGGAGCGCUAGGAAAUCGGAAGGCAAUCGUAAAAUGGUGCAACACACCGUGGCCGUGGAAAGUGUCCGCUUGUCAGGAGAUAAAGAGCAGCAUACACGGCGACAAAUUCGACGGACGACGGGACAAAGCGGUAGCGAGAACGACGAGAAACACAGCUGCACAAAGAAGCGGAUAAGAAUGUGUGUCUCGGCACUUGGAAGGUGUUGUUGAAGGGAUUUCCCAACGACACAUAUGAAAACUUGCUCCCUAAGCUCAUAAAACACUGUGGCCGCCGGAAGUAAUCAGCAUUGCACGGAACAUUCUCGCAAAACUCCUGCGACACAUUUAUUUCAUCGCGCAGCAUCACAAAAAAGAAAGGAAACACGUCGAUUGAUUGAAAACGAUCACAAACAGGUAGUUCUUGUUUUCUGAAAUUUCCCAAAGUAACCUGCGACAUCCUUCGGCACGUUUUUAUUAUGCAAACAGCGGUGCCACACCUCUCAGCAAACGUUUCCCCAGACGUGCCGCCUCUUCCACCCUUCUGGUUCGGUCUUUCUGGACCAUAAAAAGACUGAUAUAGUUGAUGAUAAGGUCGUGAUAUCGUCCUGACCAGAGGAAAUUAUUAUCACGUUUAUAUUGAACCCGUGCGUAUUAGGAGCCGGGUGUCCGCAUCGCGGUUAUUCCAGUUCGUCGAUUCCUGUUUGGAACUUGUUUUUACCUUCAGCCGUACUCCCCGCGGUGUCGCGGUCUGCCGCCACGUGCAGUCUCAGUGGCAUAAGCCAUCCGUUGGAGUCAUCUUACACAGGGUUUCUCGAAAAAAGUUAAAAUCAACGCCCAUAAAAAGUGUUACUCCUCUUGAUCGUCGCAGACAAACGCUGCCUCGAUAAGAUGCACGAUUUCGAGUCUAAAAGCAUGCACGGCGUCAAGCGCGUCAUUGCGUUCUGCAUUCUGACGGCGGUUCUACCCGCUUCACUGAUCAUCUUACCGCUCUACCUGCGGCACACGGUCUUCGCGGACGUCGUGUAUCCGAUCGCCGAAUCGGACAUCAUCGAGAUCCGCGAUGGAAUCUCGUCCGUGUUCUGCCAGAAGCACACGCUCCAGAUGAACAGCACAUUUAACGCGUUCCAGCUCGACCACGAGCCGGAGGUGUCCAAGAACCGGAAACACAUUCGGCUGAAAAAGUCCAUGUCGCUGCCAGACGACACGCUCGAGUACUGGGGAUUCUAUCUGCUGAAGGGAGCCACGGUCGAACUGCGGGUUUGCUCGCGCUACGACGGAUCACGCAUCCUCGUGGUGAAAGGCGAACGAAACCUCCGCACUUGCGGAUUGCUCGAGCACAACCUCAAUAAAAUCGAUAACUAUCUCAACAAGGAGCACGGCCAGGUGCUGGUCACGUUCGAGUCGGCCGCAGAGUUUAUCGCGUACUCGGGCGAGAUGAGGAGCGAUGAUGGGUUACCGGUUGGAGGGAAUCAUGGUGGUGAAGAUUUAACAGACGAUCAAACGCCUCCAGUUAAAUCCGCACCGGUGGUGGAUCGAUCACACGGGUCGAAAGUUGACCGACACCAUACGGGUGGGAGUAGCAUCAAUGAGCUGGAUAAAAAUAAGCGCACAACAGCGGCCCAUGCUUCAUCCACUCAUAAGCAUCAUCAUGGAACUACCAAGCGUAUGGGACGCCCAGUAUCGGUUACGACGAAAAAUGUUCACCCGUCACUCGACGCCACAACUACGACGUCGACGACUACAACAACCACGACGACGGAAGUGCCAACGAGCACCACGGAGAACCUGGUGAAAAAGUAUCGGAAUUUUCGGGCCACCGAAGCGGGUCCAGCAGACGACGAGGUAGCGUCGGUUGACAGCGGGAGUUUGCACCGGAGACGGCACAACCACAAUAAAACCGGCCACCGGCAGCAUGCUGGAGAAGGGGCCGACAUAGUCCAGCCGGAAAGUGUGGAACGGUCCGAGCAGCAGCCAAACAAUAAGCGCCGGAAGCGACGUCGACGACGUGAUCUGGUGUACGAUCGCGCGAUCAAUCACGGUGGUACGGCGAUGAACUACUCGAACAACACGUCCGACUCGGUGUCGAGCUUCGAGAAUAGUCUACUUUCGUGCUACGACGGCGACAUUCUGCUUGCGCACAGCUUCAAUGCGACUAAAUCAUGCCAGAGCGUAAAGUACCUAGAGGGUGCCUCGCAUACCGUCACCAAGCACGAGGUGUUGUCGGAUGGGUACUACUACUACAUCUUCUACAGCGACAACGACUACGUGCAGAACGACAUCCAUGCGAUGUUCGACAUCUACAAGCCGACGUUCCAGUACUCGAACAUCUCCGACACGAAGGCCUGCAUCAACUCGACCCAGUGCUCGUUUCCGAUCAAAUUUUGGUCGAACGAGCGGGUGAUCGUGGAGGUGCCAACACGGGACGGUAUCGAGCACGAGGAGGACGACAUUACGCUGCUGGUAUCCACGUGCCAUCCACGGAUGGGGAUUUACAUUAUCUUCCCUGUCAGCGUGCUGUUUCUCGUACUGACGUGCGCUUUUCUCUGAGCCUAUUGUUUCGGGACGACCCAACCCCCCACUAGCUCAUAUAGAGUGGCUGCAGGUUUAUCAUGCACGCCGCUUCUGAUUAGUGCCAUAAGAUCCUACGAAGCUCAGAUAGCACAUACUCCCGUAAAUCGGAUUCCAUAUAAUUUGAAAUUUAUCUACUUCAGCUCAGGAUGGUACAGAGCCACCUACGGUUUUGUGAAAAGAUUGGAUCUAAGAGUACAAUUUUCACAUUUAUUAUCAUUUGUUACCUUCCUAGAAAUAUUCAUAUUUGCAAAGUAGAUAUUUAAAUAGCGAUGGAAAUGGGAAAGGUCAGUAAGCGUGAACUUCUUGUACCCAUUAAUCAAGAAUGAAAUGACGGUUUAUUAACGGUGGACGACAACUGAUGUGCAAUAUAAACUCAGCCCUGACCCAAAGAAUCUGCUCCACCGUUUUUUUUUUCUAGCGAUAAUUUCAAAUCAGAGGCCAAAAUUACAACGAGUACAAUGAAGAACACAUUUUCCAUGUAAUGAUAAAGGGUAAUAUAAACAUAUAUCGUUCUUCGUUGGAUGUCAUUUCGUGUAGGACGGAUAGAAGAAAGCAAAUCGAGCCUCAAUAAAAUAUUCAGGGAAUAGCUUCCAGAAAUGAAAGCUUUUGCAAACUUGCGCAGGAAAUGUAAUCUAAAAUACGUUUGUCUCAAAAUUAACUGCAAAUUUUCAAAUGAUUUCCUACUUUACUGACCGUUUUGUGCUCCAAAAUUAUUAUAAUUGAGCAUUUGCCCCAACGAACAGCAAUUCGUUGAGCGCUGUAGGACUCAAUCUAUUGUAGCAAGACAUACAUUCAAAAACACUGUUCUAUUCCAAUCUUGCUCGUACGUAGAGUUGCUCUUUCUUUAUGGCAUCUUCUUCUUUUAAUUUAAAGGUUGUGAUUUUAUAUUGAAGUAAUUGAAUUGCUUCAUUAAUGAUUACGCAAGCAUACAUGUAGACGCUACUGGCCAAUUGUAACGCAUUGCGUGCGGAUGUGCUGUGGUGGGUUGCGAAAUUUAUCUCACCAUUUCUUGAUUAAGUUCAAAGUGUAAUUCUGCCGAAUAUCAUAUCAAACCGGUUGUAUUUAUGGGCACAGGCAGGAUACAUGAUUUAAUUAGCGUGAACCUGGUGAGGACCAUCAUGUCCGCACGUUUGUAAGGGUUUUAAUUGCGAUGCCGCAGCUUUAUUGAUUGUUAUACAACAAACAAGAAAAAUUGCGCAUACGGUUGCGAUUUAAUAGGUCAGUUAUGCCGAGCAGGAAUGUGUUGAUCGUUUAUGAUAAGGUAGCUAACAUAAUUAUAACGGUUAAGUAUAAUUUACAAUACGCGGGUUUUUGUCCACUAAUGUAAGGAUCAUGGAGGCUUUAAAAGAGAUAAGAUGUAAAAUUGUAAAAUAAAGACUUAGCGAUAUUUUUUUCAUUUUAA